CUCAACUAUGCAGUCAUUACCCUCGAAGCCGACAAGUAUGGCAAUGGGAUACAUCAGCAGACAGUCGCCGCGUCCGAUCUGCCCAUGUUUUUCAAACGAGCAAAUGUGUUGCAAAUUGUAUACGGUCCGCUCAUAUUCCUCACCAAGUUGUCCAUCCUGCUACUGUACCGUCGGGUACUCGCGCCAUUAGUCAAGCGCAAGACCCUGGUUUUUAUCCAGCUUACUAUCUGGCUGAACUUCGCCUUCUACCUAGCACUGACUCUGGUGAAGAUCUUGGAAUGCACGCCGAGAUCGAAGAUCUGGCAUAAAGACACACCGGGGCACUGCAUCAACGUCAAGCUACAGAUGAUAGCGACGUCAACCAUCAACAUGGCCUCAAAUUUUCUAAUCCUCCUUCUGCCUGUUUUCUGCAUACGACGACUGCAGUCGAGCCUCCGCCAGAAUAUGAUAAGCGCGGCUAUCGCAUUUGCGGUGGGGAUUUUUGCAUGCGUUUGCAGCAUCAUGCGCCUGGAAGUUGGUAUACGGAAUGAGACCACCAAUGACUGGACCCACGAUUGGUUUCCAGAGUUUCUGUGGACGUAUGAGCUCCUUCAUCUCCUUCUUCUUUCCCUUCUCCUCUCUACAUUCCCUUCCAGGCUAACCUCUCUGUCCAGUUCCGCAGAGGUCACAUCCGGGAUCGUCGUCAGCUGCCUACCCACCGUGUCUAUCCUCCUCCAAAGGCUCACCCUUGGAGCACAAGCCCCCGUCCCCGUCCCUAGUUGCGGCAACCGUAGUCCCAGCAGCGCCAUGGAGACAACCAUCCAUAACACCCCUCCGCUGAAGGUUGCUGAGGCAGCCCCCGAAAGAAGCUGGGAAAUGGGAGACCUUGAGCGUGAUGGCAACUCGGACCAUCCGUGUGUUUUCCAGGGAAACAGCUAUACCAUGAGUGAGGCCAGGGCUGAGGGGUCACCGGCGGAGCGAAUACGUGAAGGCAAUCAAGAGGGGAUUCUGAAGAUCGUCGAGGUAGAUGUGGAGUCAGGGCCAGGUCGAUAG